AAACUUUCCUCGGGCUCCGGGCGCGUCUCAUCGGCCGCUGGAGAGGAGGCGCUCCGCCGCCCAUCCGCCGCGUCCUCCGCUGCUCCUCGGCGCCCGGCCGGAGCCCGGCGCCCGGCCGCCCCGUCGCGCUCGGCCCCGAGGGCAUGCGGCAGCGGCAGGGGCCCCGGCUCCCGGGCUCGGCGGCGCGGGCGAGCGUGAACGGAUGUUCAGUUCUUCUCCACAAUGAAUGAAUGUUACUAUGAUAAGCAGAUGGACUUUUUUUAUAAUAGAAGCAACGCUGACACUGCUGAUGAGUGGACAGGAACGACGCUUGUGAUUGUUUUGUGUGUUGGAACUUUUUUCUGCCUAUUUAUUUUUUUUUCUAAUUCUCUAGUCAUCGCAGCAGUGAUCAAAAACAGAAAGUUUCACUUCCCCUUCUACUACCUGUUGGCUAACUUAGCUGCUGCAGAUUUGUUUGCUGGAAUUGCCUAUGUAUUCCUGAUGUUUAACACUGGCCCAGUUUCAAAAACUUUGACUGUCAACCGCUGGUUUCUCCGCCAGGGACUUCUGGACACUAGCUUGACUGCUUCCCUGACCAAUUUGCUUGUUAUUGCCGUGGAGAGGCACAUGUCAAUCAUGAGGAUGCGAGUCCACAGCAACCUGACCAAAAAGAGGGUGACACUGCUCAUUUUGCUUAUCUGGGCCAUUGCCAUCUUUAUGGGGGCAGUCCCCACGCUGGGCUGGAAUUGCCUCUGCAACAUCUCUGCCUGCUCUUCCCUGGCCCCCAUUUACAGCAGGAGUUACCUCAUUUUCUGGACUGUGUCCAACCUUGUGGCUUUCUUCAUCAUGGUUGUGGUAUACCUGCGGAUCUACAUGUAUGUCAAGAGGAAAACCAAUGUCUUGUCUCCACAUACAAGUGGUUCCAUCAGCCGCCGGAGGGCACCCAUGAAGCUAAUGAAGACGGUGAUGACUGUCUUAGGGGCGUUCGUGGUGUGCUGGACGCCAGGCCUGGUGGUUCUGCUCCUCGACGGGCUGAACUGCACGCACUGUGGCGUGCAGCACGUGAAGCGGUGGUUCCUGCUGCUGGCGCUGCUCAACUCCGUCAUGAACCCCAUCAUCUACUCGUACAAGGACGAGGACAUGUACAGCACCAUGAAGAAGAUGAUCUGCUGCUUCUCUCAGGAGAAGAACCCGGAGAGGCGCCCGUCCCGUGUCCCCUCCACGGUCCUCAGCAGGAGCGACACGGGCAGCCAGUACACGGAAGACAGUAUAAGCCAAGGCACGGUCUGCAAUAAAAGCAGUUCCUGAGCCGCCGACGCCUCUCCGCACAGCCAGGCCUCCUCUGGGGAAAGAGCUAUUAAGAAGGCAUGGCUACCUGUCUCUAGCAAAGCCCAUGCACAGUGUUAUUUGAGGUCUGAAUUAAUCACUGCUAGACUUUUUGUUUUAAUUUUUCACAGUUUAAAAGCAUGGGCAGUAAAGAGAGGACACGAUGCAUUUAGAGGAAAUGCACAGAAAGGGAGGAGACAGUGGGUUCCCGCUUGCUGUGCUGGGGACCGCGUAGAGCCCGCCAGCCCGGGCGCCUUUGGGGCUGGCCCCCAUCUCGGAGCCAUUCUCUGUGGUUCAAAAAGAUGUUGUUAAAAGGGCUUAGGCCCAAAUAAAUAAUUAAUAAUGUUACUUGAGCCACCUUAAGUAGCUGCUUGGAAAGCCUAUGUAGUUCUUUCUGCAUGCAUUUAAAAUUUUUAGAAGUGCUUCA